GAAAUGGCAUGUAGUCGGCGACCAGCACCCAAAGCAACCAAGACAAUGUUGUGCGAUCUUAGUGCUUGCAAUUGUCAAAAAUGUAGAAGGCGCCGAACUGAGCCAGAACCUUGGCAGAGUAAGGGCAAGAAACUGGCUACACUAACAAAUAAAGCCGCAAAAAAGUUGGCGCUUCUCGCACAAAAGUCGCCGUUCGGUAGUGCAGAGCAGGAGGACGAGGUCAAAUGUACAGAUUUAACUCACGUACUCUUUGAUAUCAUAGGAGCGAUUUCUUUUUUUAUUUUGAGCACAACUUUAUUUUGGAUUUCGGCGAGUAUUCAUUUGAAAAAGCAGUUAGUUCAACUUUAUUACGCUAAACGGUAACGGUGCUUAAGAUCGUUUAUAUUAAAUUCAUUUCAAAAUUAUUUUCAAAUGUUGUAGAAAAACUAAAGUGAUUGUUUUGUCUGCUAUUGCCGUUGUGGCUAUAGCUAUUUUCGUACACUAUGCACUAAUUAGCUUAAGUCAUUUAAAGUCAAGGUUGCAAAAGAAACCACCUCCCUCUCCCAUUAACGCAGAGACACCGAAAGCACGAUCGCGAUCUGCCGAACCAGCACAACCGACGCAAUCAGCUGCAAAAUCAAUUGCAAAAUCACCGACACAAAAAUCUCCUGCAGAGAAAUCAAAGCCAGCUCAAGCAGCGGUAUCAUCACAACCGGCUAAGCCGUCAGAAUCAAAACCGAUAUCAGCAAAUGUAUCGGCAGCUGCCAAAGCACCGGGAACAUCAAAAGUAUGUAAAAAAAAAGAAAUGUCUCCGCCAACGUUUCUAUACCUUCCAAAGCCGGAGAGCGCAGUAAAGAGACCGGCUGGCUUAUUUCGAAGGAAGCCUCCCACGGUUGUCGCAAAAUCUUGUAAAUCAGAUCGCAAUCGUCUUCGCGGCGGUCUCUGCAGGAAUAAUUGUCCACCAGCAAAAAAUCGAAGAAAGUAUAAAUUUUGUUCAUUACUUGACACUUGCGACAAACGAACAGUCGGAGGCGACGACAGAAGUGUGAGUACCGAAGAUAGAGCCACUAACACACCUAUG